GGGUACAAAUGCUCGAGCGCUAAAGGCAACCAACCCGCAAAGCCGGAACAAAACCAUUAAACCACGGGGGAGCACUUCCCUCUUCCUCUGCUCCUCCUGCUCCCUCGCCCACCUUCCGCACGCCGGCCGUCGAGGCCACCCGUAUGGGCUGCUGUCGCUCCUCGCUGCGGGCGGUGACCCACCCGGAGAAGCCGCCGGGGAGGCCGUCCGCGCCGGGGGCGCCGCCACCCGGCCGCCCGUCCUUCGCCGCCAACCCGCACCAGGCCGCGCCGCCGCCGCCGCCGUCCUCCUCGGCCGCCGGCGCCCGAGGGCAGGUGGCGCCGUUCGCCGAGUUCUCCCUGGCGGAGCUGCGCGCGGCCACGGGCGGCUUCGCGGCGGACAACAUCGUCUCCGAGAGCGGCGAGAAGGCGCCCAAUUUCGUCUACAGGGGCCGCCUGCAGGGCCAGGGCGGCGCCCGCCGCGCGAUCGCCGUCAAGAAGUUCACCAAGAUGGCGUGGCCCGAUCCCAAGCAGUUCGCGGAGGAGGCCAGGGGCGUGGGCAAGCUCAGGCACCGGCGGCUCGCCAACCUCAUCGGAUACUGCUGCGACGGGGACGAGCGCCUGCUCGUCGCCGAGUUCAUGCCCAACGACACCCUCGCCAAGCACCUCUUCCACUGGGAAAACCAGACUAUUGAAUGGGCAAUGCGUCUUAGAGUUUCGUACCACAUUGCUGAAGCGCUGGACUAUUGCAGCAACGAGGGUAGACCUUUAUAUCAUGACCUAAAUGCUUAUAGGGUUCUUUUUGAUGAGAAUGGUGAUCCUCGUCUUUCAUGCUUUGGUUUGAUGAAAAACAGCAGAGAUGGGAAAAGUUAUAGCACAAACCUUGCAUACACUCCUCCGGAAUACUUGAGAAAUGGAAGAGUCACACCGGAAAGUGUCAUAUUCAGCUUUGGCACUGUACUACUCGACCUUUUAAGUGGAAAACGCAUACCUCCUUCGCAUGCUCUUGAUAUGAUGCGAGGCAACAAUCUCCAAGUGUUGAUGGAUUCACAUUUGGAAGGGAACUACUCGACAGAAGAGGCAACUGCUUUGGUAGAUCUUGCCACCCAGUGUUUGCAGUAUGAACCUAGGGACCGCCCAAAUACAAAAAAGCUGGUCACCAUACUUGAGCCCCUGCAAACAAAACUAGAGGUACCAUCCUACGAAAUGCUUGGUAUUCCAAAGAUCGAGGAAGAAGCACCACCUUCACCACCUCCACCACCUCCUGCUCCACAACACCCUGUUUCUCCUUUGGCUGAAGCCUGUUCUAGGAUGGACCUGACAGCUAUUCAACAGAUUCUUUUAACAACACACUAUAGAGAUGAUGAAGGCAGUAAUGAGCUUUCAUUCCAGGAAUGGACACAGCAGAUGAGGGACAUGUUGGACGCCCGGAAACAUGGGGAUUUAGCUUUUCGUGACAAAGAUUUUAAGACGGCCAUAGAAUGUUAUACACAGUUUGCUGAUGUGGGGACAAUGGUAUCACCUACAGUGUUUGCUAGAAGGAGCUUGUGCCACCUCAUGUGUGACCAGCCUGAUGCUGCCCUCCGAGAUGCGAUGCAAGCGCAGUGCAUAUUACCUGACUGGCCAACCGCCUUCUAUAUGCAAGCUGUUGCACUUUCAAAGUUAAACAUGCAGAGCGAUGCUAAGGACAUGCUGAGUGAAGCUUCGCAGCUAGAAGAGAAGAAGCAAAAGAACCCAAGAUGAUUUUCAGAGUGUUGUUGUAAAGAUGCGUCAGUUCAGUCUCUUCUACGGCUCAAAUGUUUAUGUUGAGACGUGCUAUUCCUGUCCUUGGGAAAAAAAUUGUGACAAAUUCCGGGUUGAGUUAGGGAGAAAUUUGGAGGAGAAGUGCUGUAGAGUCAUGUGGCUGUGAGUAUCUAUUUGGUUUGGCAAUUCUGUGAUGCAUUUUUUGGGCGCAUGUAUAUGUAACAUUUUAAAAAGUUAAACAGGAAUGGUGCAAGGGAAUAUAUGGUUGAUAAUACUAGAGCUUGAGCUAAUGCUCUAGCUUCUAACUAAUCAAAACCAUGGAUUUCCUUCAA